UGCUAGUUAGCCUUAUCGAGAACGUUACGCGGCCUCAAUAAUACGCAUUUUGCUGACAAGCAGCAUUUUAUUUUGGGGGAUUUUACGGUGACAAUUCGUGAGGGAAUUCCCUAGUUUUCUGCAUUUACAGGAAUAGCGUGGGGGCAACCGGCCCAGUGUGGAUCCUGCCUGGCACAAAAAUGUCGUCGAGUAAUGAAAAGGAUGCCGGUGAUAAUCCAAAAUCCGAGUUCAUAAUGAAAGAGCUGAACAGAAUAUCCCAAAAAUCUGGUCCAGUUACCGCCAUGAACAAGACGGACUCAAGUGGCACAAUCUCCGUAGACAGCAUUUCCAUCCAGAAGACACCCAAAUAUCCAUGGUAUAUCAUCUUCAUUCUGGGAAAUGAAUUGUGCGAAAGGUUUGCCUUUUAUGGCAUGAAAGCCGUGUUGACGCUGUACUUCCUGCAAGCCUUCAUGUGGUCAGAAAGUACCUCUACACUAGUGUACCAUGUGUUUUUGGUUUUAUCAUACUUUACCCCAGUAUUCGGUGCCAUGUUGGCCGAUGGAUACAUUGGAAAAUUUGCGACAAUCUUUCUGCUGUCUCUUGUGUACGUUGGUGGAUUGGUUUUAAUGACUCUAGCGUCAAUACCACCGAUUGGAUUACAUCCGAUCGCGGGAUUUGUCAGCGGACUCCUUCUGGUGGCUGUCGGUACUGGUGGAAUCAAGCCGUGUGUCGUGACCUAUGGAGGCGAUCAGUUUGUCACCGGACAGGAGCGCUACCGGGAACAAUUCUUUUCUGUGUUCUACUUCUGUAUCAAUGCCGGAAGUCUCGUAUCCACCUUCGUCACACCCAUUCUUAGAAGUGAUGUCUCGUGUUUUGACCAAGAAGGAUGCUAUCCCGCGGCAUUCGGACUUCCUGCAGGAUUGCUGGCGGUGGCUGUAGUGCUAUUUGUCGUGGGGCGGCCGUUCUAUCGCAACAUCCCACCGACGGGAAACAUCGUAGGAAAAGUUCUGGCUUGCAUUUGGCAUGCCCUUGCUAAUAAAUUCCGCAAAAAUAAGCCACGCGGAGUCAAGCACUGGUUGGAUUACGCAUCCGAUAAAUAUGAUGCGGCUUUUAUUAGUGAUGUGAAGAAGGUUAUGCCUGUACUCAAGAUGUUUUUACCACUGCCUAUUUUCUGGACAUUAUUCGAUCAAAAGGGAUCGCGAUGGACACUACAAGCCAAUAAAAUGGAUGGUCGCAUCACCGAUAGUUUCUACUGGAAACCAGAUCAAGUGCAAAUCUUCAAUCCGGUUCUGAUUUUAAUCUUGGUGCCAAUUUUUGAAACGAUCAUCUUUCCACUCAUCGAGAGAUGUGGUUUCAAAUUCAGGCUUCUGGCGCGCAUGGUCACCGGGAUGUUAUUAGCGGGCGGUGCUUUCGUCAUUGCUGGGUUUCUCCAGAUCGAACUGGACAAAACCGUUCCAAUCGCGCCAGCCCCGGGUCAAGCCAACCUUUAUCUGUUCAAUACGAUGCCGUGCCCAUACUUCUACGAUCUGAGAAAUCUUAAUGCUACGGAGCCUGAUAUUACUUUACAAUCAAACCAGAUGUAUACGAUCAAAGACAUCAGCUUGGACAAAGUCAGCAUGACGUUCGAUAUUCCAUUGCAUCCACAGUUUGAUAACUGUUCAAUCAGGGUGUCCGAAAAUCAUAUUACCAUCCCCUGGACAAUGCUACGGCGCGAUCGGUUUUCGUGUCCAGUUCGUCAGGAAAAUAUGACCUUAAAAUGAUUGAUGAAAAGAUAGAAAAACCCCCAAAAGGUGCCAGUUUUCUACGCUUUAUCAUACCAUUCCGGCUCAACACAAAAUCCGGUGGCGGUUUUCUGACCAUGUACAAUCCCGACGCGACAGUGGGGAAAUCCGGCUACUU